AUGACACUUAAUAAGCAAGUUGUUAAGAUCACUGAUGCCUUUUUCAAAUCAUCCUUAAGGAAAGGUUCUCCAUAUGUAUUUCCGAACAAGAUCCGGUUUGAGAUCAAUGAAGGUGAGAAGUGGUGUAUUUGGGGUCCAUCAAAGGAGAAGUUCAUUGAUAUUUUGUCUAACAAGUACAUAAGUGAUCCUUUUUCGGCAGUUACUUAUGCGAAAGUUGUAAAGGGUCGGUUACCACGGAUUGAACAAGUUAAAUUUAAAGGUGUGAUGCCUACAGCCCAUUUGAGUGCCCGUUAUGAGUUCUUCAAGGACGAAUUUGAUCAGACAUGCGAGAAGUUUAUUCUUGAUAAUUCAAUGGGAUCUCGUGCAGUAAAUUAUGAGGUUGAGACUACGAACAGAUACGUGGAUCCAGAGCUAUUAACGUAUUUGUUGAAAGAGUUAAAACUUAUUGACAUCAAAGAUAGGUGGGCUAUGGGGUUGAGUAAUGGACAAAUGAGACGUACUAGGCUUGCGCGCUCGUUAUUGAAGGAACCUGACUUAACAAUUAUUGACGAUCCAUUUUUGGGAUUGGAUCCAUCUGCGUGUUCGAUCAUAUCAAAAUUCUUGUCCAAAUAUGAUAAAGGUACAUCAGUCAUCAUAGGGUUGAGGUAUCAAGAUCAAAUACCAGACUGGUGUACGCACGUGGUGUGUGUGGACAAGGAUGGUAUAGAGUUCCAAGGUCCCAUGGAGCAGUAUAGAGACCAAGUUGAAUCAAUGAGGUUGCAAUUGUUAGAAGUACUACAGCUAAACAAACCUAAGAGUAAGUAUACUAUUGAGGAUUUGAUUUCGCCACAUAAGUACUAUAAAAGCCCACAUCAUGAUGUGAUGAAGAUUCCAUCAGUAGUCACGCUAGAAGGUCUGUCGGUUACAUACAGUGGCGAACCAGUAUUAAAAGAUAUUUACUGGGAUGUCAAACAAGGUUCCAAAUGGCAUAUUCAAGGAAAUAAUGGUGCUGGUAAGUCAACCUUGCUAUCUUUGAUCACUGCAGACCAUCCACAGUCUUGGAACUCCAAAUUUGUUGACCACGGCGUUCCUAGAAGAACCGGAAGCACUAACUUCUUUGACAUUAAUAAAAGGAUUGGUCUUUCUUCGCCAGAGAUGCACGCUCUCUUUUUGAAGAACGCUGGUGACCUCUCUGUGUUAGAAACAGUGGCAUCAGGGUUCCAUGCAGUCAGUUCCAACAACUUUUUAAAAGCGCAUAACACACUUACAGACGAACAGAAAAGAAUUGUUGAUAUGUAUAUCGAUUAUUUCCAUUUGGACCCGAAGAAAACAUUCGCAUCCCUAUCUGUUAGCGAACAGAAGAUUGCAUUAUUCGUUAGGGCUGCGGUUAAGAUGCCGGAAAUUAUGAUACUUGACGAAGCGUUCUCCGGAACAGAGACUGAUCAACUCAUAAGGGCCCAUGAGUUCCUCGAGCAAUGGCCAGGAACUGUUUUUGUCGUAUCGCAUGUUCAGGAAGAGACACCAAAAUGCAAUCACUACCUAAGAUUAAUCGAACCUGGACAAUACGAAAUCGGAGACGUCAAUUGA